UAACAAUGGGAGAGCAGCAAGGAGGCGGCAGCAACAAGAUCAGGGACAUCGUGAGGCUGCGCCAGCUUCUCAAGAAGUGGAAGAGGCUCGCGCUGGCGCCCAAGAACGCCGGCGGCGCGGUGCCGCCGAGAGGGUUCUUCGCGGUGUGCGUCGGGGAGGAGAUGAGGAGGUUCGUCAUCCCCACGGGGUGCCUGGGCCACUGGGCGUUCGGGCAGCUGCUCAGCAGGGCGGAGGAGGAGUUCGGGUUCCAGCACGAGGGGGCCCUCAGGAUUCCGUGCGACGUGGAGGUGUUCCAGGGCAUCCUGAGGCUGGCUGGCACUGGCACUGGCAGGAAGGAGGUGAAGGCACUGUGCCACUGUUCUUCAGAGCAUCAGAUCCUCCUGUGCAGAUGAUGGGUUACUGCGAUUUGUUUCGGUCCAACAAAAAGUACUUUGAGGUAUCGUGUCUCGCGAUACCAAAUUAUUUCUGAUCGUUGGAUCUAACGGUGCAUAUUCUACUCACCUAGAUGAGAUUCAAUGAUAAAAAAUAAUUUGGUGCCACAAGGCACCGGUAUCUCGAGGUAUUUUUGUUGGACUGGUUGUCAGGUUCUUUCUUACUAUUGGCCAGUUGUCAGGUUCAGUUUCUUGCUGUUUUUUCAUGGUUCUUGGUCUUCUAAAGAGAAGAGGAGAGGAGGGAAGAGUUUGCAGUUGAUGGCCUUGGUAAUUUGUACAAGAGGAUGGAGUUAUGGAUUCACAUUCUUUUUAGAGGGAAAAAUAAAAAGAAGGAUUCUUCUCAUCAAGUGUUUUUUAGGUAAACUUGUUCUUUGUUGAUAAUUCUUUCCCCAGCUUGUUCGAUCGUUGUUGUUCACUUUUGUUUUGUAUGUGUUCUGAAGUUGAACAGUGGUCAUUGUGCUAUUUGAACUCGGGGUAUACUCAGUGUCUCAGGGAAGUAAAAGAUUAAUAAUUGUAAUUUUCUUCUCUAUAUAUGUGAUUGCAACAUGAUGACAACUCAUCUCUGAA